AUGGUUAUUGGUGAUCCAUAUACUGGUUAUAUCCGUGAUAUAAUCAGAGAAAGAUAUUCUUUAUUACCUUUAUGGUAUACUCUAUUCUACGAAGCUAGUACCACUGGAAUGCCAAUAAUAAGACCUAUGUUUGUAGUCUAUCCUGAUGACGAAAAAGUUUAUGAAAUGGACGAUCAAUUCUUUGUUGGAAAUUCGUUGCUUGUUAAACCUAUUGUAGAGGAAGGUCAAACAUCUACUGAAGUUUAUUUUUCAGGAAAUGAGAUUCCUGUCUUUUUACGCGGUGGGUCCAUUAUUACAAAGCGGCAGAAAAUUCGUGGUUCUUCAUCAGAUAUGCAUUUAGAUCCUUUUACAUUGGUGAUUGCAUUAAACGAAAAUCGAAACAAUUGGCUCGAUGAUGGUGAAACAUAUGAUUAUGAGAAAGGGUAUUUUGUUUAUCGUCAAUUUACAUUCUCUGCCGGAAAAUUGGCAUCUAAAUCAUUGUCAUCGUUAGAUAAUGAUAAAAAUUUAUAUGCCCAGUCAAUCAAAUCAUCCAGGGCGACCACCAAAAACGCCGUAGAUCAUCGUGGCGCAGCUGCAGUAUCUAUGUCGAUCGUGGCGCAGCAGCA